AUGUCCUCCUCUAGUCUAUGCCUAAGUUGGGUAUGUAAGUGAACAUGCUUGCAUGUUGAGUGUGUUCAUGGUGAAAGAAGUCGAGUUGAUGAAAUUCUGUGACUCCCUCUUGCUGACGUCUUUCCUUUCCCAGAUGGCCAGAAAGGCUUUGAAAUCUGAGUCUUCCACCUCAACCGCAGUGAAGGGAGAUAAACAGCCAGCACCAGAGCCUGUGGAAAAGCCACUCAGAGAACCUGCCAGGCAGCUACAGAACACUCCAACCACCAUUGGAAUUAUGGCUCUGAAAGCAGCUUUCAAGACUCUGUCCAGUGCACAAGAUUCUGAGGCAGCCUUCUCAAAACUGGACCAGAAAGAUAUGGUGUUUCCUAAUAAAGUGUGCCCACCAUCACCAGCCCUCAAAAACAAGAGACCGAGAAAAGAUGAAAAGGAAAGUUCAGCCCCUGCUGAGGGUGAGGGUGGCUCUGAACUGCAGCCCAAGAACAAGCGCAUGACAAUAAGCAGAUUGGUUUUGGAGGAGGACAGCCAGAGCACUGAGCCGAGCGCAAGCCUCGACUCCUCCCAGGAAGUCAUUCCUGCUUCACCAUCCAAGCCCACCAUCCUCAACAAACCCCUCCCUGGGGAGAAGAAUCCCAAAGUACCCAAAGGCAAGUGGAACAACUCUAAUGGGGUUGAAGAAAAAGAGACUUGGGUAGAAGAGGACGAACUGUUUCAAGUUCAGGCGGCACCAGAUGAAGAGAGUACUACCAGUGUAACAAGAAAGCAGAAGUGGACUGUAGAGGAAAGCGAGUGGGUCAAGGCUGGAGUGCAGAAGUACGGGGAAGGAAACUGGGCCGCCAUUUCUAAAAACUACCCAUUUGUUAACCGAACAGCUGUGAUGAUUAAGGAUCGCUGGCGGACCAUGAAAAGACUUGGCAUGAACUGAAACAGGCCUUCAUUUCCACAGAAUUAACAGGAGCAUGGUUCCUAAUAAUAGCCCCUGGUAGUCUGCUGUUUCUUUCAGAAGCUGGGCUGGAAUGAGAAUUUGGGGCAUCUUCCUCCCAUGUGGGGGAGGUCCCAGUUCCACUUCAUCACAGUUGGAGAUCAUGGAGCUGAGAAACAAAGCCAAGUCCACCCCAUGUCCUUGACAGAGAUGACAGGCACAUAGCUUGUACAGUGCCAGAAUACCAUUAGUAUUUCCCUUCUUUAGUGGUUUGCUUGAAUUUAAAUCCCUGGUAAUCUGUAGAACCUUCUCCUAGGAAAUGGUGGAGUAUGUUAGGAGUCACUUUUGACUCCAUGACCUGUUAAAACCAGCAACAUGAGCAUUAUUUGGAGCGAACUUGUUCCAGGUAAAGCUCUGGCCUUCUGAUGCACAUGCAAAGGAACUUCAUCUGUCAUGAGCCCAGGUUGAUGAGAGACCAGUCCUGGUGGAAUCAGAGUCCCUUUAAAAACUCUUUAGCCAGUUGUGACAUCAACUCCUAGACGUGACUGCCUUGGCAUUUGCUCUAUUUGCUGGGCUGUGUAGGCAGGUUUAACCUCCACUUCUCACGUGGUUGAACCAGUGUGUUUUUUGGUAAAAUGGUGAUUGUAGAUAAGCUUAGUCCCUCUCCCCAUCCUCUCUCCCCAAUUCCCUUCUUUAUGCUGGACUUUUAAAGCUUAAAAAAAUCCUGAUUGAGUAUAAAUGCCUAAUUCCAUUCUUUGUGAAAUGGUUGCUUCCGCCUGAUUCCCUAAUUGUGCUGUGUUAGUGUCUUGCACUGGAAUUCAACAUUCCCUUCUCCUUUUGUACUGUGUUGUGCUUGCUGUCUCUCAGACAUCCUAAAGACUAUCUUUUUAGGAAAAAAGAAUUUCAGUAAAGUGUUUUCUGUAA